GGAGAGGCCCGAGCCGGAGUUUGCUGAGGGCCGAGCCGGACGCGCGGGGCGGUGGCGGGCGCUUGGAUGAGGACACUGAGCCCUGUGAACUAGUGAUCUGGCCACGGCCACGCAGCUGGUUCAUUCUGGCUGCCAACCUGAAGCCACAGCGGGUCAGGGCAGAGCUGAGACCAGAGGAGGCAGCUGUGUAGUCUAGCUCUCCGGGCCGUACCCCCGCUUCUUGCUGCUCAUGCCGCUGGGUCUGGGGCGGCGGAAAAAGGCCCCGCCUCUGGUGGAAAAUGAAGAGGCUGAGCCCGGCCGGGGUGGGCUGGGCGAGGGGGAGCCUGGGCCCCUGGGCGGCGGGGGCCCAGGGGGGCCUCAGGGAGGCCUGCCCCCACCCCCCGCUGCCCUGCGGCCUCGUCUGGUCUUCCACACGCAGCUGGCCCACGGCAGCCCCACGGGUCGCAUAGAGGGCUUCACCAAUGUCAAGGAACUGUAUGGGAGGAUCGCCGAGGCCUUCCGGCUGCCGCCUGCUGAGGUGAUGUUCUGCACCCUGAACACACACAAGGUGGACAUGGACAAGCUCCUCGGGGGGCAGAUCGGUCUGGAAGACUUCAUCUUCGCCCACGUGAAGGGGCAACGCAAGGAGGUGGAGGUGUUCAAGUCUGAGGAUGCACUGGGGCUCACCAUCACCGACAAUGGCGCAGGCUAUGCCUUCAUCAAGCGUAUCAAGGAAGGCAGUGUGAUCGACCACAUCCAGCUCAUCAGUGUGGGCGACAUGAUCGAGGCCAUCAACGGACAAAGCCUGCUGGGCUGCCGCCACUAUGAGGUGGCACGGCUGCUCAAGGAGCUCCCCCGGGGCCGCACCUUCACGCUGAAGCUCACGGAGCCCCGCAAGGCCUUUGAUAUGAUCAGCCAGCGCUCAGGGGGGGCCCGGCCCGGGGCUGGCCCGCAGCUGGGCACUGGCCGGGGGACCCUGAGGCUCCGAUCGCGGGGCCCUGCCACCGUGGAGGACCUGCCCUCGGCCUUCGAGGAGAAGGCCAUCGAGAAGGUGGAUGACCUGCUGGAGAGUUACAUGGGGAUCAGAGACACGGAGCUGGCAGCCACCAUGGUGGAACUGGGCAGGGACAAAAGGAACCCGGACGAGCUGGCCGAGGCUCUGGAUGAACGGCUGGGCGACUUUGCCUUCCCGGACGAGUUCGUCUUUGACGUCUGGGGCGCCAUCGGGGACGCCAAGGUCGGCCGCUACUAGGAAUCUCGCUGGACCUUAUCUGAUGGCGAGGGAUCCCCAGCGCCGGCCGGAGCCCCCAGUUCAUAGGACUGGGGGUGGGGGGUGGGAGGUGGCUGGGGCCUGGCCCCUGCCUGGGACCCCACUACCUCAGCAGGGUCAAGGGUCAGUCAUGUGGGAGGACGCCGCCCCCCUGCGCCCCUCCCCGGCUCCUUUUCUGCCAUCUGCUGCCAGGCCGGCCUCCCUGCCCCCUCAGGGGCCUCGGUUCUUUUCGGGAGCUUUGCCCUCCCUAGUUUCCUGCCGCAGCAAAAACAAAAAGGGGUGCCCCGACAAAUACAAAAGGGGAUGCCCCAGUGACACAAAAUGGGGUGUCCCCCAGGAAAUACUAAAAAGGAGGUGCCCCUGGAGCACAGGCAAUACCCUCCGCUCCGCCACGGGCCCCCAGGGGGGCCCCCUCCACUUGGAGUCUGUUACCUCUGUGUUGGAAAGGCAUCUGCUGUGAACCCCCACACCUCCCCAUCUCCCCUCCCGGAGGCCCGCACGCCUUCCCUGGGGCAGCUUUUGUACGGAACUUGGCUGUGUGGGACAUAAAGGAUCUAUCUGCUA